ACAUAAUUUUAAGAGUGAUACUUUGUUUGGAUUUUUACGGCACGUCAACACAUAACUGGCCAUAUCACUGCAAACGCAUUUUUGAUAGAUAAGGUAUUAAUUGUGAAUAAGUUUAGAAAAAGUAGAUAAUACAAGGAAUAUUAAUGAGAUUUGAGUUUGCAUUUUAAUCUAGGGAUACUUAAAGCAAAAUGAUCCUUUUUGUCUUAUUGUCUGUUACCAUCUCAAGUGUUUGCGGACAAACGGGUUCAAUGUGUGACUGUCAAGAAGUUGCUAUGUUAAAGCAAACAGUGCAAGAAGUUCUGAUAGAACAACGAUUAGAGUCUGCUAGACUUAGUAAAUUAGAGGCGAGACUGGGUGCUUAUGAGACAACUGGACCAAUUCCUAAUGAUCGUCUGGCAAUGUAAGAACAAAAUGUGAAAGAUAUCAAUAUGAAAUUUAAUGAAACAGUUACCGGAACCAAGAGUAAACAGAUAGGAUUACAUCGGGACAUAGGUGCAAUUGUGAAGAAAACGCUGAUUUCAGAAAAAAAGAAUUAAAUAAAUUAGUUUCAGACUUAAAUGAGAAAGUUAUAGAACAUAAGGACAUCAUCGAAACAUUCAAGGUUGAAGUUAACAGUGCCAUAGAAAAACGGUUUCAUAAUAUUACUGCCGAGCAAGUCGAAUAUAUGGACACCAUUGAAACGUUCAAAGUUGCAAUUAACAAAACUAUAGAAAAACGUUUCCUUGACAUUAUUGCUGAGCAAGUGGAAUAUAUAGACACCAUUGAAACGUUCAAAGUUGCGAUUAACAAUACUGUAGACAAACAUUUCCUAAAUAUAACUGCUGAGCAAGUCAAAUAUAGGGAUGAAGUUAAAGAUAUGUUGAAUAGCACGGAAAGUCUUGUCAGGACUGUAUUCAACAAUAUCUCAAAAGUUGACAGUGAAGUUUUGGGCUUGUAUGAAAGAAUAGAUAAUAUAAAAGAAGUGAAUAAAACCAUUGAGCGUAUUUCAUCAGAUCUUAUAUCAGUGGAUCAAAAAUUUAAGAAAACCAGAGAUAUGGUAGAUACACUUGGUGAAGUAGGGGAAGGUAAAGUUCGAUUGGUUGGAGGAUCAUAUCAAUAUGAAGGAAGACUGGAAAUAUGGCAUGAUUGGUCUUGGGGAACAAUUUGUGAUGAUGAAUUUACAAAGCAGUCAGCUCAAGUUGCUUGUAAAAUGCUUCAAUAUCCAAGGUUAGUAACAAACUACAGUAUCUUAUUUCCGCAGACGUUUAACAUUUUUUACAUUCAAGAUAGUCAGAUAUAACAGGACUUCAUUGUAAUGCUCAACAUCAACUGUACCUUCCCGAGUGCCAUUGCUUUAAUGGUAUUUGCCUUAAAACCAAUGCAUGGCUUAUAUCAUCGUUUAAAUAUUAUGUAGGUCCAAAUAGUUGGCGGUAAAUUUGAAUUAUCGAUUUAUAUCAGUUUUUUUACGAUAUCUUCACGAGACUUAUACUUAACUAUCCAGGAACAAAUUGUAUAUUUCUCAUAAUUGAAACGCCAUGUGAAUGAAUACAAAGGAAAAAAAUACAAACGUUCAUGUUGUUAUGCAUUUCCUAUCAGAAUCUAAAUCAUUAUUUAUUUUAAAAAUGUUUCCUCUUUCAAUUUUCAUCAAUUGUUUUUUUUUUUUCAUCACAUUUACUACUUGAAAAUUGUCAUCCAUUUACAGUAGUCAUCAUAAUUACACAAAAUAAAGUAACAUUUGACUUUAUACCUAUACUUUGUAAUUCCUAAGUUUUUAAUCUUAUACUAUAUACAUAUACCUAAAGGAUGAUGCUCUACAUAAUUUUCUUUUUAGUUUUAGUAAAUAUACUUUUUUAAGGGGAGACAAUCCAAUUUACUUAAACAAACAUUCUAUGCAGUGAUUACUUCCCUUAUCACAUUUGCAAUGUAAACACACAAAAAUAUACAUGAAUUGCUGAUUAAACAGAAAACUACCUAUCACGCUACAAAUCAAUAAUAUGUCAGAUCGAACUUAAUAUUAAAUGUUUAACAUACAUUUUAACACAAAAAAAAAAACACAAAAAAACACGAUAAACUGAAUUAAGUAAAAUCAGACCUUAAGUGAAACAAAACAUUUUUUUAGUAUAAAGAAUGACAGUGUAUAGAAAUGUACAUACAUGUAAAUCAUAUUUAUUUUGUGAAACUUGAAUGACCAACUAUUAAAAAUGUCUUCAUCAUUCUAUCUACAGAUGAUAAAUUCAACCCUACUACAGUAUACAGCAGUAAAAGUAAAUAAACUAAAUGUCAAACAAUUUUGAUAAUUGAUUAUAUUCAAUCAAUUAUAAUUUUAACAGCAUCUGGUUUCACCAGUUUAAUCAAACUUUCCAACAGUUUAAAUGAAUGCAACACACGCAUAGUCUACAGAAUCAGUAUUAAACUGAAAUGUUAAAGUUUUGCUAAAUAUUUCUUUAAUAGAAACAGAUGGUCCGUUGGAAAGAAAUGAUAUUAUAUUAAUAUUGAAAGAACUUGAAAAUGAAUGUACUUAUGGUCAAAUAAUAAGAAGACACAAAAAGAAAAAAAGAAAGUAAUGAAAACCCAUCUAAAUUAUUUUGCAAUUUUGGACAAUUAAAAGGUCAUGAUAAAACUAUAUUUAAAAUAAAGGAUGAUAGUGUAACAGAAGACACUUCUUUAGAAAUUUUGGAAAGUUUAAAAACAAUACAAACAACUUUAUACAGAUGAAACUGAAGACGUAUAUCUUAGUUCUCACGUUUUAAGUAACUUGCCACAAGUAAGUAUUACAGAUAAUGGUUUCCUUAAUAGACCAAUUGUAAAGUCAGAUAUUUUGAAUUCUUUGAAAGAAAUGGAUG